CUGUGUUGAUGAGCUCAGUGAAUUUUCUCCUAGACAAGCAUCAUCAUGAGCAGUCAGAAACAAUUAUAAGAUUGCUUAGUGGACUUGGAAUCAGAAUGGGGAAAGCAGUUACCUUCAAUAAUGCUAUACCUGCCACACGGAGUGACUCAUGGCCAGGGAAUGUCAUUCAUGUAAUAGAUGCUCACUCAUUGUCUUCAACUGUUGUGAAGCAAAUCACUGUAGAUAUGGACAAAGAAGAAAGGAAGACUAUCAACCAGGGUCAAGAAGAUGAAAUGGAGAUUUAUGGCUAUAAUUUGUGUCGCUGGAAGCUUGCCAUAGUUUCUGUAGGAGUGGUUUGCACUGGUGGCUUUCUCCUCCUCCUCCUCUAUUGGAUGCCUGAGUGGCGGGUGAAGGCGACCUGUAUUAGAGCUGCAAUUAAAGACUGUGAAGUGGUGUUGCUGAGGACUACUGAUGAAUUCAGAAUGUGGUUUUGUGCAAAAAUUCGCUUGCUUUCUCUGAAAACUCAUCCAUUUUUGAGUCCAAAAUCUGUGGCUGAUAAGGUUUCAAAUGGCCAUGCUGUUCUUUUAACUGAAAAUCUGGCUGAAGAGAACGGUCUUGAGAUAAGUAAAUAUUCACAGACGCAACCAGAACAGAUUCGUUAUUUCACCCACCAUAGUGUAAAAUAUUUCUGGAAUGAUACCCUUCACAAUUUUGAUUUCUUAAGGGGACUGGAUGAAGGUGUUUCUUGUACGUCAAUUUAUGAAAAGCAUAGUGCAGGACUGACAAAGGGGAUGCAUGCCUACAGAAAAUUGCUUUAUGGAGUAAAUGAAAUAUCUGUGAAAGUGCCUUCUGUUCUUAAGCUUCUAAUUAAGGAGGUUCUCAACCCAUUUUACAUUUUCCAACUGUUCAGUGUUAUACUGUGGUGCACUGAUGAAUACUAUUACUAUGCUCUAGCUAUUGUGAUUAUGUCUGUAGUAUCAAUUCUAAGCUCCCUAUAUUCCAUUAAAAAGCAAUAUAUUAUGUUGCAUGACAUGGUGGCAGCUCACAGUACUGUGAGAGUUUCAGUUUGCAGAGUAAAUGAAGAAAGAGAAGAGAUCUUUUCUACAGACCUUGUGCCGGGAGAUGUUAUGGUCAUUCCAUUAAAUGGGACAGUCAUGCCUUGUGAUGCAGUACUUAUUAAUGGUACUUGCAUUGUAAAUGAAAGCAUGUUAACAGGAGAAAGUGUUCCAGUGACAAAGACUAAUUUGCCAAAUCCUUCAGUGGACAUAAAAGGAAUGGGAGAUGAAUUAUAUAGUCCAGAAAUACAUAAACGACACACUUUGUUUUGUGGGACUACUGUUAUUCAGACUCGUUUCUACACUGGAGAACUUGUCAAGGCUAUAGUAGUUAGAACAGGAUUUAGUACUUCCAAAGGACAACUUGUUCGCUCCAUAUUGUAUCCCAAACCAACUGAUUUUAAACUCUACAGAGAUGCCUACUUGUUUCUUCUGUGUCUUGUGGCAGUAGCUGCCAUCGGAUUUAUCUACACUAUUAUCAAUAGCAUUUUAAAUGAGGUAGAGGUUGGAGUAAUAAUUAUCGAGUCUCUUGAUAUCAUUACAAUUACUGUGCCACCUGCACUUCCUGCUGCAAUGACUGCUGGUAUUGUAUAUGCCCAAAGAAGACUGAAAAAAAUUGGUAUUUUCUGCAUCAGUCCCCAAAGGAUAAAUAUAUGUGGACAGCUGAAUCUUGUUUGUUUUGACAAGACUGGGACUCUUACUGAAGAUGGUUUAGAUCUUUGGGGUAUUCAACGAGUGGAAAAUACAUGUUUUCUUUUGCCAGAAGAAAACGUUUGCAAUCAGAUGUUGGUAAAGUCUCAGUUUGUUGCUUGUAUGGCUACUUGCCAUUCACUCACAAAAAUUGAAGGAGUGCUUUCUGGUGAUCCACUUGAUUUGAAAAUGUUUGAAGCCAUCGGAUGGAUUCUAGAAGAAGCAACUGAAGAGGAAACAGCACUUCAUAAUCGAAUUAUGCCAACUGUGGUUCGUCCUCCAAAACAACUUCUUCCUGAAUCUACACCUGCUGGAAACCAAGAAAUGGAGCUGUUUGAACUUCCAGCUAUUUAUGAGAUAGGAAUUGUUCGCCAGUUCCCAUUUUCUUCUGCUUUGCAACGUAUGAGUGUGGUUGCAAGGGUGCUAGGCGAUAAAAAAAUGGAUGCUUACAUGAAAGGAGCACCUGAGGUCAUUGCCAGUCUUUGUAAAUCUGAAACAGUUCCUGUUGAUUUUGAAAAAGUUUUGGAAGAUUACACUAAACAGGGCUUCCGUGUAAUUGCUCUUGCACACAGAAAAUUGGAGUCAAAACUGACAUGGCAUAAAGUACAGAAUAUUAGCAGAGAUGCCAUUGAAAACAACAUGGAUUUUAUGGGAUUAAUUAUAAUGCAGAACAAAUUAAAGCAAGAAACCCCUGCAGUACUUGAAGAUUUGCAUAAAGCCAACAUUCGCACUGUCAUGGUCACAGGUGACAACAUGUUAACUGCUGUCUCUGUGGCCAGAGACUGUGGAAUGAUACUACCUCAGGAUAAAGUAAUUAUUGCUGAAGCAUUACCUCCAAAGGAUGGGAAAGUUGCUAAGAUAAAUUGGCAUUAUGCAGACACUCUAACACAGUGCAGUAAUUCGUCAGCAAUUGACUCGGAGGCUAUUCCAAUUAAAUUGGUCCAUGAUACCUUAGAGGAUCUUCCGGUGACUCGUUAUCAUUUUGCAAUGAAUGGAAAAUCAUUUUCGGUGAUACUGGAGCAUUUUCAAGACCUUGUUCCAAAGUUGAUGUUACACGGCACCGUGUUUGCUCGUAUGGCACCCGAUCAGAAGACACAAUUAGUAGAAGCAUUGCAAAAUGUAGAUUACUUUGUUGGGAUGUGUGGUGAUGGUGCAAAUGAUUGUGGUGCUCUGAAGAGGGCACAUGGAGGCAUUUCCUUAUCAGAGCUCGAGGCUUCAGUGGCAUCUCCCUUUACCUCCAAAACUCCUAGUAUUUCUUGUGUGCCAAAUCUUAUUAGGGAAGGCCGUGCUGCUUUAAUAACUUCCUUCUGUGUGUUUAAAUUCAUGGCUUUGUACAGCAUUAUACAGUACUUCAGUGUUACUCUACUGUAUUCUGUAUUAAGUAACCUAGGAGACUUCCAGUUUCUCUUCAUUGAUCUGGCAAUCAUUUUGGUAGUGGUAUUUACAAUGAGUUUAAAUCCUGCUUGGAAGGAACUUGUGGCACAAAGACCACCUUCAGGUCUCAUAUCGGGGGCCCUUCUCUUCUCCGUUUUGUCUCAGAUCAUUGUCUGCAUUGGAUUUCAAUCUUUGGGGUUUUUUUGGGUCAAGCAGCAACCUUGGUAUGAAGUAUGGCGUCCACAUUCAGAUGCUUGUAAUACAACAGGAAGCCAAUAUGGAAAUUCUUCACAUUUGUACAAUGAAACUGAAGAUGAUCCACAUAAUAUACAAAAUUAUGAAAAUACCACAGUGUUUUUUAUCUCCAGUUUUCAGUACCUCAUAGUGGCAAUUGCCUUUUCAAAAGGAAAACCCUUCAGGCAACCUUGCUACAAGAAUUAUCUUUUUGUUUUGUCUCUGAUUAUUUUGUAUGUUUUCAUAUUAUUCAUCAUGUUGCAUCCAGUUGCCUCUAUUGACCAGGUUCUUCAGAUAGUGUGUGUACCCUAUCAGUGGCGUAUAACUAUGCUCAUCAUUGUUCUUGUAAAUGCCCUUGUGUCUGUCAUGGUGGAGAACUUCUGCCUUGACAUGGUCCUUUGGAAAGUUGUGUUCAAUCGAGACAGACAAGGAGAGUAUCGCUUCACCACCACACAGCCAGCACAGGAGUCAGUGGAUCAUUGGGGGAAAUGCUGCUUGUCCUGGAUCCUGGACUGUAGAAAGAAGAUACCGAAAGCAAAAUACAUGUAUCUGGCUCAGGAGCUCCUGAUUGAUCCGGAAUGGCCACCAAAACCUCAGACAACAACAGAAGCUAAAGCUUUAGUUAAGGAAAAUGGAUCAUGUCAGAUCAUCACCAUAACAUAGCAGCACAUCAGUCUUGGUGGUAUGCUAGUAGCAGUAUUGAACAGUAUGCAAUUUAGGACUUUCUGAUCCUGUGUGUCAGAAUGGCAUUAUUUCUGUUUGUGUUCCUUCUAAUAUAGUAGCUGAUUUGAGAGCUUUUUUUUAAAACAAAACAAAUAAAAGAUUGGCCUGCCAGUUAAAUUAAUAAUCAAUCUAUGAAGUCCUCUUUCUUCAUUCAGUAGCUCUGAAUAUAAUAUUUCCAUAAUUUUCUUGAUUGUUACCUUCAGUGAUACUGUUUUAUUACAGGAUAUAGAAGAAAGUUGGUAUUUGGUAGGGUUUUAGACAUUAGCUUUUAAGACUUAGUUUAUACCUUUAAAUUUAUUUUCAUGACUCCUCUUAGAAAAACUCCUCAUUUAUAUACAGGCCCUAAAUUUAUGACUGAGAAAUAAAAUGAGUGUUAGCCUCUAGUGAAAAUAGGUAAAAAAACCCUGUUUUCAUUUGAUUCCAACAUUUCUUCCAAAGAAUUCUAUAUAUAUAUACACCAGAUUCCUUUGAUAGCCAGAGUUGGGAGUGAGUUGCAUGGUGUUGCUUAUAGAACAACUCAGGUAAUUUCCACUUAUGGUUUUUUAUCUUCUGUACAAACCGCCUGGGUUUUAUUUUUCUAAUCAGCAAGGUGCUUCACUGCCUUCUUGAGACGUCCCUCAAAACUAUUAAUGUACCUUGUGCUGUCUGGUGUCAGUAGUAUAUUUGCUUCAGUUAUAUGUUGUAAAACCUUUUUCACUAGGAAGAAAGAUUAUUUCUUUUGGUAAUAGAUGUGGAUCUAUCUUUCUAAUGCCUCUUCAUACCUGUUUUUUUUUUUCUCUCUCUCAGGUUUUAUUAUUAUUUUAAAUCUUUUUAUUUUCUACUUUUUAAUUACCUACAGACAUUGGAUGAUAGUGAGUUAGUUUUUUUAAAAAAAAUUUGUUAGACUUUUGCCUACUAAAAAUUUUAAGAUUUGAUGUUUGUCUAUCCUAUCGAUAAUGAGGGUUUAAAAAUAGUUUAGAACCACUGCUCUUGCUUUUGCAGUAUGAACUUGGUGAGAGUUUGUUUUAUGCCAUUAGGUGGCGCCAGAGGUCAGAGUACCUAUUUUGGAUUGGAUGUUUAUAAAUGAGUAAUAUUUUUUGGUUGUGGAACUUUCUGGGAGAAAAGAAAAAUAGAAAUAAAGUUAAAGAAUAGACAUUCAUUGAACUAAAAGACAUGUGGAUAAUAUUUUUCACCUUUGUUUAACCUAGUUAAUAUUUAAAUUCUAAACAAAAUAAAAGUAACUUUAAAAAUGCCUUUAUAAGUAAGAUCCAGCAGUUUGACAAAGCCCACAAUUAUGAUAAACAAGGAAACUGAUAUUGCUGUAAAAUGGACACUAAACUACUAAAAGUAUGUGACAUUAUCCUGUGUUCUUCCUUAACCAGUAGCACGCAUGUACUUUUCACUUCUAGCUGGUCAUUAUUUUCCUACUCUAUACUUACCAAUUUACUAAAUGUUACCCAGAACUAUAGAAUCAAAUGGUUCUCAUUUUUUUGUGGUUCAGAGACAUGAAUGAUAAUUUGGUAACUAUAGGAAAAUGUAAAUUACACUCAGGAUCACAGUUAUUGCUAUUGCCACUGAAGUUUCUUACAAAAAUAUAAUGGAAGUUUUCCAUCAAAAAUAUAAUAUGAUAUUAAUAUACAUUAGAUGAUAAGAACAAUUGUUCCAUGAAUGAUUCUAUGAAGCUAUGCAUCUUAGACCUCUUGAGCUGUGAAUUAGCACUGUUUCUAUAGUUACUUAUUUUCUUGAUUGUUUUAUAAUUUCCAUGUUUAUUUUCAACAUGUACAAGUGUUACUCUUCAGUGAUAUCCCAGAAUUGUAAAUCUUAUUCUUUGAUUUAAAUACUGAAGUAUAUAAUUAAGGUAAUUGCUAAGUAGCAGCUUAAAAACCCAAUUAUCAGUUUGUAUUUAACAUCUUUAAAAGCAUGAUUAUAAAGAACUAUAUUUUUUACACCUUUUUUUUUUUUAACAUUUAGAUUUUAUAAGGGUUUUAUAUCUCAUCUGUCCAUAUUGUUUUCAAAGGAAUAAGGUUUUUAAGUAAGUGGAAAAGCAUUUGUAGGAAAUUAGGUUUGAACAUAGACUAAAGUAGGUUGUUCAAGUUGUAAUUGAUGGCUUCCAGAAUAUUAUUUGAAGAAUGUCUCUGAAUAUAGGUGUGGGUCCUACUCAGUGCCAUAGAUAGAGUCCUCUCGUUAGGUCACCAUUACAUAGUAAUUUUGAGUCUGAAUUUCACAUUAAAUUAUUUGAGUGUAUACAGACCUAAAUUUUAAAAUCUGUACAUAUAUUAUUUUGGUGUAUUAAGAUUAAUAAAUAUUGCUGAUUUAAAUUUUAUUUAUGCACAUACUUAAGGACAGAAAUGUCUGGGAGAGUAAUUGUUAAAUAAUGAUAUGUAACUUUUUAACUUUUUAAAUAAAUAACAAGAUUUGUAAUGUGUGUCUCCCUCAGGGUUGUUUAAAGUUUGUUUUUUUCCCCCUCCCUCAAAUAUAAAUAGUGGUAACUUUGUUUUGUAUCUUUUAGCACCAACUGCUGUAAAGCAAUGCUGCAAAUAAUGCUUGAAUAAAAGUUGCUAAGCCAACAACAAAAUAAAUACUUUUUAUAUUAGUUUUAUAAUCCUUGCAUUCAAAAGCUUUUCAAAUUGCACUUACAUUUAAACAAAACUGUUGCAGUUUUUACUGUAUUUAUUUUGUUUUUUCUGUUUAUGAAAAUACUGCACAGUUUCAAAGGCAUGGUAAAAUAUCAGUGUUUAUAUAUUCUGUUUCCAAAACAGCUAUACAUACACUAUUCAGAAAAGAGCAAAAUUCAAGCUUUAGAAAACAUUCUACCAUUUCUUGCAUGUAAUUUUGACAUAUCUGAAAAUAGGCUUUUGUAUAUUUAUGGUGGGAGGUGGUUGGGAACUUUUAACAAAAUGUGGGAUGUUAAUUUUUGUACAUUCUGUGGGUAUUUACACAUAUUUUUUAUGUAUUAAAAUUUGGUAAUUAUGUGCACAUUAAAUUAAUAAAAUAAAAACUUCCUGUUAUGAUUUGUUAAUUCCCUAAGACUUUAGAAUUUUUUUAAUAAACUUUAUAUCAGAAAUAAUACUGCAUCUUUAUAUUUUUUAAAUUGUAUUGCUGCUCAAGAAUGGUACCCUAAUGUCAAAAGGCAUACAUUCGUAAUUGUACAUUCAGCACUGUAAAUAACCUUAUGAAAUCUUUUUUGAUUGAAGCUAUUCAAAAUAAAAAUGUAAAUGAAUG